AUUGCUAGCUUACUUUCCAAACUAUUUGCAAAAAUCCCUGGACCAGUUAAUCCCUGAUAAAUGUUUCUUGACAGUGUGCGAAAAUAAUAUUUUGUCGUAUUUUCGUCGUAUCUCGAGCAUUCAAGAUUCAAACUGAUUCUGCUCUUCCCCCUGGCGCAUUCACUUCAAGGCUUUUGCUGCUGCACACAAUUCACAGUAUUAUCAAAUUGGAAAAACAUUUAUUUAAUUCGAAAUAAUUCAAAUACGGAUAUAAAGAGAACAAAUCAGCCAAAAUGAAUGAUGUUAUCGACAUUCUGGACAUGGGUGGUCCCAGUGGAUCUACUGCAAUGCGAAAAGUGGGUCGCAAGAAAGGAAUAAUUCGUCCAAAGGAAAAUCCACCCAAACGUCCUGAUGGGAUGCAUCGAGAAUUGUACGCCUUGUUGUGCGCCGAUGGAGGCAAAAAUUUCCAAGAGCUAGCUCCCAUUCUUCCAACAGAUGCUCCCGGUGGAUACAAAAAGAAGAUAAAGUUGGGCGCCAGGAAGGUUCGGCAAUGGAGGUGGGAAGCGUUUACUCAUCCAGGGAGGAAAGAUGGACCAUUUUUGUGCCACUGGCGAAGGCUUGGCGAUGAAAAUAAAGAGUAUCCGUUUGCAAAGUUUAAUGCAGAAGCUUCUGUACCUCAGUAUUCUGAUGUUGAGUACACGAGUCACUUAGAACAUGAUGGCUGGACCAAGGCAGAAACUGACCACUUAUUUGACUUGUGUAAAAGAUUUGAUAUGCGAUUUCUUCUUGUGCAGGAUCGAUGGGAUAAAAGUUUAAGGCAAAGAAGUGUGGAGGAAAUAAAGGAACGUUAUUAUAAUAUUUGCAACAUUCUUAGUAAAGUUCGUCAAGAGGCUGGUACACCUGAUCCCAAGGUAGUGCAUUAUGAUGCGGACCACGAGAGUCGAAGAAAAGAGCAACUAAGAAAAUUAUGGAGCAAGACGCCAGAACAGGUAGAAGAAGAAGAGUUUUUGCGUUCAGAGUUAAAGAAAAUUGAAGCAAGAAAAAAGGAAAGGGAAAAGAAAACUCAAGACCUCCAAAAACUUAUCACAGCUGCGGAUGCUGGAAGUGCACAGGGUGGUGAAGGCGCUGCAACUGCAACCCCAACUGCAGGUGCAAAUCUAGGCAAAAAGUUAGCGUCAGAUCAAAAGAAGAUUACUCUAUUAGCUGCAAAGAAAAAGAGUGGAAAAAUGCCUCUGGCUUCAAGAACUAGAGAAGGAUCACUGACUACAAAUGCUCCUGAUGUGUUUUUGGGAAUAAAAUGGCCGGAUUUUAAAUCUGCUGGAGCGUUUGUACGUUCUCAAAAGUUGAAACUUCCAAGCAGCGUUGGACAAAAGAAAGCCAAAGCAAUUGAACAAAUUUUGCAUCUUCUUGGUUUGUCUAUUAUUCAUACACCAACAGAGGAAAUUACUACGCAAUUUAACGAGUUGAGAUCAGAUAUUGUACUUUUAUAUGAGUUGAAAUCUGCUCUAACCACGUGUGAAAUGGAAAUACACUCUCUUGCUCAUCAAUCCGAAGCAGCAAAUGGGGUCAAACUAGAGAUUCCUUCGAUAUUCCUAAAUGAUAGUACAUCAAAUAUUGUACGAGCGUUGGAAGCACCUACAAAAUCUCAGGCACAAGCAGCCCUCCAGGCAAUCAUGCCCUCUACACCUGGAACCCCAAUGACCCCUGGAAGCAUUUCUUCUACACUGGGUGUUAGUGAUUUGGACGUCGUUGUUCCACAUAGAAAAAGAAAAGCAGCAGAGCAGCAGGCAAACAUUCUCAGAAAAUUAAAGUCAAAGAUGUAAAUUUGCAACCGUUCCUACUUCCUAAUUCAUUUGUUGACAUACAUACGAAAAUCAACACAAACAUGCAUUCAGUUUAACAGUUGUCAAUAUUCUUUAUUUUCGAAUGUAACUUGACUAUUUGAUCACAGCAGAACAUGUACAUAUGUUUUAUUUCUUGGUAGCAAUAAAUUGUUAUAUUUUUAAUCCUCAAA